CUCUUCCUCUGCUCCGAGUUUCUCAAUUGCACCGGACGAUCCGACCUAAUCACCGGCCUAUUAACCUUCGGAAUACCGCUCUUAAAUCCAUUAAAACUGGUGUUCCGGCGAUGAAACGCCGGCGGAGGGACUCCGAUCCGCUGAGGAAUCUGAUUCUGCAUGCUUGUUGCAUCUCUUCCAAACAACCAAAGGGAGAUCCGUUGGUCUUGAAUCUAUGUAUGACUAUCGAACCUGUCAACAUUAAUCCUGAUUAGUAUUUUUUCGCAAUUAUGGUUUUAUUUGUGAACAUCAUGAUCUCUCUGACAUCUAUGUUUAAUUUGCUUCUGGCAUUGUUUAGCCUUUGCUGCAUGCAUUUUAAUUUCUUGUUUCUGCUAUAAAAAAUCCAUUUUUCCAGAUUUUUGCCUGUUGAAAAACACAAGCAUUGCAUACAUAUUAAGCCCCUGUCUUUUAACAACCCAUGUUCAGUUUUAGGAAGGAAAGAUAUAUAAUUUGUCCUAUUUUGUAGGUUAGUAUACAUAACUUGCAGAGAGUGCCCUGCAUUACAAUGAAAGCUCAAUCCAGUUAAUUUCGAGUCUUCAUAUUUAGUUUAUUCAUUUCCAUCACAAACUUGUCAUGAGAAUCUGAAGUCUCACGCAUUUCUCAUUAUUGAUCAUGUUUACAAUUUCAUAUAAUUUCUUCUCCCUUGACACUUUCUAACCAAAUGAAGCUUCUAAGCUUUUGGGAGACUUUAGGUGUAGUUCGACUUUGUUUUCUGUGUUCAGGAAACAACACCAUCAUGUUUUCUGUUUUCCGUUUUUAAACACUGUUUUCUAGUUCUAUAUUUUCAGAAAAUUGUUUUUCUAAAAGGACUAAACACCACAUCAGAUUUAUAUGUUUUUUAGAAAAUAAAAUAGUUUUUUCGUUAUGAAGCCAAACGACCACUUAAUUGCUUUGCAUGAUUUACUCAAUAUUGCCUCAGAUUGGCUCCUAGUGAUCCACCCUUAAUUUCAAAAAUAAGUUUCUAGUGAGAGGCUCAUUCUCUCAUUAACGCAUAAGCAUGAUUUGUAUUCACUCCGUGUCCUAAGAGCUCGAGGCUUUAAGUGAGUUGGUAACUUAACUAUACCUAGCAAUCAUGAGGUUUCAUGUGGAAAAAAAAAUAGUAACCAUCUUGCCCCACCAUUUUUUGGAAACCACAUGCUGCAGGAAGAGAAGAUGUCCACUCGUCUCUGAAUUCUUUCUGUUGAUAGUCCUUGUAAUAUGGGUGAAGGAGUCCUUACAGAUGGGGACAUUAUUGUGGUUGGAAACAAAAUCAUAUUUUCCGCAUCAUCCAUCUCACUUUCUCCUGAAGAAUUAGGUAUUAAGGAGGAUGAGGAGGAUAGCAUAGGUGAAUCGCCUGAAAUUGAAUCAGAAGAUGCAACAGAAUCCUCCAAUGACAGCACUCCGACCCAUCAUAAACAUGGUUCCCAGUUGCGAGGUCUACACUUUCUUACUAGAUUAAAAAAAGGACCAGUCAAGGGUAUACAUCACCUCCAAAAUAAUAUUCAUAAACCCAAUAUACAUAAACCUAAUAUACACAAACCUAACAUACAUAAACCUAAUAUGCACAACAUACAUAAACCCAAUAUUCCUAAACCAAGUAUACCUAGCAUCAAGAAGCUCUCCAAAAAGAAAAGCAGACAUUUGAGGAACAGUGUGCCUGAAUUACCUUCCACAAUGGACUCUGAGUUUUACUGUUUUGAGUCUUCCUGGUUGAAUUUUUCGCUUUCUGAUAUCAAGAAUGCGACCAAUGAUUUUAAUCGUGAUAAUUUAAUUGGAGAGGGAGGUUAUUCUGAAGUUUUCAAAGGAGUUCUGGAAGAUGGGACACUUGUAGCUAUAAAAAGGCUGAUCAGGGGAUCAGUCGAAGAGAUGACUACAGAUUUUUUGUCCGAGCUUGGGAUUUUAGUCCAUGUUGAUCAUCCUAAUAUUUCCAAUGUUAUUGGUUACGGAGUUGAGGGUGGAAUGCACCUUGUUCUUCCUCUAUCGCCUCAUGGGAGCUUAGCCUCACUAUUGACUGGUGAUAAGGAGAAACUAAAGUGGGAUUCUAGGUUCAACAUCGCUUUAGGCAUUGCAUCAGGUCUUUCAUAUCUUCAUGAGGGUUGUCAGCGACGAAUUAUUCAUAGAGAUAUAAAGGCUGCCAAUGUUUUGCUCACUGAAGAUUUUGAGCCCCAGAUAUCUGAUUUUGGGCUAGCGAAGUGGCUCCCAGAUGAAUGGUCACACAUUACCACCUCACAAUAUGAAGGCACAUUUGGCUAUCUUCCUCCUGAGUUUUUCUUGAAUGGGGUAGUAGAUGAAAAAACUGAUGUUUAUGCUUAUGGGGUACUUGUUUUGGAGCUUAUAACUGGACGCCCUGCACUGGAUAAGUCUCAAAAAAGUCUUGUGAUGUGGGCUAAACCUUUCAUCACAAAUGAAAGUGUUGAAGAUCUAGUUGAUCCGUUGCUUGGCAGUGUCUAUGAUAAAGAGCAGUUGAGUAGUCUGAUUUCAGUUAUUUCAAUGUGCAUAGAGGAGUCACCAACUGAAAGGCCUCGAAUGAGCCAGGUGGUUAAAAUCUUGAAUGAAGGUAAAGGAGGGCUCAGUAGAUGGAAAAAGUUUCAGAAGAUACCUGCAUUAAGACGAGGAAGUUCAGUGGAUGUUUCUGCUGAAGACGAUAUUGACUCUAGUGUACAUGAUUAAGUAAUGUAAGCUCAACACAACUGGUUGCGUCAUAGAUCUGGGGUCUGUACUUGGUGAGAACUGCUGCCAAAACUUGAUCAUAAUUUUAGAGGACGAGCUGAAAUGGAUGGACGGAAAAAUGUGAAGUACCAGAAAACUGCAAUACUGGCCAGCCCAAUCAACAAAAAGUCACUAGUUUUACAUGCCCAAGUGCUUUACUGAUGAAGACCAGAUUACCAAUCCUUGCUCAUAUGUAUUUUAUAUAUGAAGGAAGGUGGUACCAUGAGCAAAUUGUAUAAUACUUCUAUGGAAAACGAGAGUAACUCCAUCUUUUUCCUAGGAAGCAGAAAUAUGGAUGUGGCUAUGAUGGAAAUUGGUCUCAAUCCUUUUCUUUGCCUGCUUAGUUCUCAGCCUCCGGAUAGACAAAGGCUUGAUACAGCUUUGUUCUUUCGGGUC